AUGUUAUGUGUAAUAUAGUUAAAGCCAUCAAAAACGCUUUUCAGAAUGCUAACAAGGGCGCCACAUUCUUCAAGAAACUCGAGAAUGACCUCGAUAGAGCGGAGAAAUGGGCCAGACUCACCUGGCAAAACAACGAACAUUACCCCAGAGAGAAUGGAGUUCUUUUGGCCGGAUUCACAGAAGAACCGGUUUGUAAGAUCAAGAAUAAAAAUACGGCCUCCCCACUGGCAAUCAGACAGUUCCUUGGCCGCCAACGCACCUUGAUGAUGGUGUGGAGCGAUGCGGUGGAUGUGAUUCAGCACGAAAUCAUCGUCAGAUUGGCUUAUCCUCUGCUGAAAAUCGAACGAUCUGUGGAUAAUCUGGUCACAAUCUCGCUGAAAGACCCCGAGAACUUUUUCGAAGUCGAGUUCCAAAGCCCUGAAGCUGCAGUAAGCAACAUUUUUGCACAAUUUCGUGAAAACAUGUCUAGUGCUGUUAUCGUAUUUUUGCUGUUUAUGUCGGUUAAAUUGUAUUAAUUAUUUGUAUUUUAGUCUGAAUUUCUCGAAAUGACUGCCCAAGCUUGCGAGUACGCGAGGCUGCGGAUCUCUUAUGCCCAAGGUCAAUUACAAUUCCCUCAGCAAAGAUUAACCUUCGAGACAAGGGUUAGGCAUGCCAGAUAUCACUUCUCAGCGAUGCAUCCCAGGUUCCCUGACUGUGAUUAUGAUGGGGAUUGGUUGGAUGGACAACCUCAUGGAAAGUAAGAACCAUAUCUUACCGUAGUUUCGGCAAAAUUUUGAUUUUCGAUGGUUUUUCGCCUAUUAUGAUAUGUAUUUUUUUCAGAGGUCAACUCAAAUUCCCGGAUGAACGAAAGUAUAAAGGACGUUUUGCCUACGGGCAAAUUGAUGGAAUGGGUGAAUUCUUCAAUAAUAAAGCGCAAACUGCGGAAAAUACUACCGGCUCUGCAACUCCUUCAGCUCAGCAGUCAUCUUUAAUGAACAGCUUCUUUUACUCCCAACCCAAAUGUGUUUUGGACUCGGUUAGAUGGGUGAAAGGAAGGUUCAAGGAUGGAUUACUUCAUGGAUUGGGAUCGGCGACGUAUGUUUCAGCUAAAAAAGUUUUCCGAUAUCCGUACCUAGUGUAAUAUAAGGACCAAGUGUAAUAUAUUUUUAUCGGAAUUUCGUUCGGAAAUGUGUGUAAAAUCGGCCUGAGAUUCAUAGUCUUUGUAGAUUUGUGAAUGGUGAUACCUACGAGGGCUAUUGGGCCAACGGUCACAUGCAUGGACAUGGUGUAUUCAAAGCGAUGGGGGAGGAUAAUAUUGUCGUAUACGUUGGCGGAUGGCAGAACGGACUCAAACAUGGAUAUGGGGUUCAAUCGACGAAUAAAGAGAGGUAUCUCGGCCAAUGGAAUGAAGGAAAACGACAUGGAAAUGGAAGUUUGGUGACUAUUGAUGGGGUUUUUCAUGAAGGAAUAUUUGAAAACGAUAAGUUUGUGGUAAGUUUGGCUUCUAAUGGGUUAUAAAGAAUCAUUUUGAAACUUUUUUUGAUAAAGGUAUCAAGUAUAAAUAUAAAAAGUUUAUAAAUAAUUUUUUCAGAACGGUCGAGUUGUUUAUGAAACUUCGAAACACGACUGGGAUCCCGAGGCUGUCGUGGUCUUCGAAGGGAAAUUCGAGGAUUUGAAUGUGGCCGCAGGCAAAGGGACCUUGACUUUGAAUCAAAACAAUCAAAUAAUUGGAACGAUGCAUGGAAAGAUACUCGGAAAUGAGUUGGCAAUUACAAAUGCAACUUACAGACAUCUAUCAGAAGGCUUUGAAUCGGAUGAGUAAGCGGAGUUGCGAGUUGUAAUUGAAGUUUGAAUUUUGAUUUUGGCGGGGUCUGUGGCAUUCUGUUGCAAAGACGCGUGUUGUCACUAUUUCUUCAUAUCCUUGAGCUCUUAUUUCCAGGGACUUCAUAAUGGCCGAAGGCGCUAAACGUGGGAAAUAUGCGGUGCACGAAGAAGAGAAAUGGGUCGAAUUAUUCCAGCACUUCCUGGACGACGAACUCAAAGUUUCCAACGAAGAGUUUCUCUCCGCUCUUAAUGAUGACAGCGUAGUCCCAAAUUCUGUCGCUGAAAAGUCUUGGAACAGUCUGGCCGCGUCUUUGGCCAAAUUGAAACAGCAAAAAAAGGUGACAAUGAACGAUAGAUUGGAGAGAAUCCCCGAUUACAACAUGGAAUGGAGCAGCAGCUACUAUGCAAUGGUCUCCGAAUACUGGAAUCUCUGUGUCCAUAAUGACUUCCAUCCAUUGAAUCGGCUCAUGAGAGGGAUCAUUGAACUUUUUUCAUGCAGUUACAGUAGUGUCGGCACUCACGUGAUGUAUGAUACGGCUGUGUUGGAGUUCAGAACAUUGAUGUCGAGGUGUUACGCAGUCACUAGGCUGUUGUUUGUCAAUUUGCCGUCAACUCGCGAUAUGUUUACGUCAGUCCCCACUCUUCCGGAUAUUCAUCAUGACAAUACUGAGUCAGAAACUUCCUCCGUGUCCUCCGCCAGGACACCAGAGACGCUGUCUGUGGGUUCUCUGGAGCAGCUAGAGAUGGCACAAGCCCUUCUGAAUGAUCCGGAUCAACCUUCGACAUCAAGGGAAUACUCCACAAAUGAUUCCCAGACCCUAAGAAGCAAUGUGGAAGAUAUAACUUUAUUGGAAACACCGUGUUGCGACUUUAUUAUCAACUAUUUGUUCUCGGUGUGCUACGCAGACCUCUUUACGGUCUAUUCGGAGCGUUGUGAAGCCCUGGAUCGGAGGUAUUGGGAGCGUCUUCUCCACUUGAAUGCCCACACAGAUGCACACCUUCUCAGAUAUUUUGAUGUCAAAGGGUAAGUACAAAAAGCUUAUGAUCUUGAAUCUUAUUUAACUUACGGGUCACUUACUCCCUAACAACAACUGUUGGGGUAUUUUGAGAAGUUGUUUUACCCUCUUCGAUUUAAAAAGGUCGGGGUGUAUCAAGUGUAAUAUAGCCGAUCCAAUUAUGUGUAGUGCAUGUCGUGGAACGUCAGCAUGACACUUAAUGAUACCAUGCGUCGCGGAUCUCACGGAAAGUACAUCCGCAUUUGGAAAGGCCUACUAAUUAUGCCACUGUUUUCAGCGAACUCUGGCCAACGGAUAACGACAACGUGCGUGUUCUUGAUGCUUUCACGGUAAGAGUACACGAAGGGCAUCUACGAAAAAACGAUCUUCGCCUUCAUUGAGCCUCAGGGGAUGUGGAAAUAGGGAUUUGACGACAGAUGAACUUAUAAUAAUGAGGGAAUUCGAUGCAACCGUUAUAUUUUCGUAGGCAAUAACCGAUGAUUUUGGCAAUUCUUGCCUAAAUUAAGCUUACAGAAGGCUGUAAAAGCCAUUCAAAAGAAAAAUAUGCAAUUUAUUGGGACCUUUAGAGAGUCUAAAAAUCGUAUUUAGGCCAGAGUCAGCGCUCGAAACAAGUUCUACGGCAGCGCUGUAACGAGGCUACAACAGAUCAGCGGCGUCUUCAACCCAACCAGCAAGCUCGCUAUCCUCGCUGAGACCUUUUCGGAGAUUACUCAGGUAGGACAAACCAUUUUAAACAUUUUUAUGAUCUUUUUUAUAAGUUUGGGGAUUUUUUAACAUGGGUAAUGUAAUCAGAAUAUUGUUGCCAAAAAUAACUCUUCUUGCGUCACGAACCUAGCUGGGGAUGUCGAUUAGGCUGACGUUGUUUAAGCUUAGAUUUUAAGGACAUCAACACCAGCAUUUUAACUCUGUACAACUUUGUUUACCUCAGUUUCCCUCUGGGGGGAAUGGAUUGUUUUCCGCUUUUUGCAAUCUGA